GCUGCUGUAAUGGAGGGGGUCACGGUCGGACAGGUAUUUGAUGCCGAAUGCAUCCUCAGCAAACGGCCGCGGAAGGGGAAGUUCGAGUAUCUGGUGAAGUGGAGGGGCUGGUCGUCCAAGCACAACAGUUGGGAGCCGGAGGAGAACAUUCUGGACCCGAGACUUCUGGCAGCGUUCCACAAGAGAGAACAAGAGCGAGAGCUGCUGUUCCAGAAGAAAGGGAAGCGACCGAGAGGACGACCUCGAAAGAUUCUGCCUGCUCCAGCCGCCACCAAGGACAGCCGCUCUUCAUCCUCCUCCUCCUCCGGCCUCUCCUCCUCGGCCUCCUCGUCUUCCUCCGAGGACGAAGAUCACACGAAGAAGCCGAAGCCGGGCCCUCGGCUCCAUCCCGUCCCCCAGAAGAGGCCCCAGAUCAUGCUGGCCAAACCCGACCCGCCCCGUAAGAAGAAGCGAGGCAGGAAGCCGCUGCAUCCGGACCUGAGAGCUCUGAGGCAGGCCAAGCCCCGCCCCCCUGCCCCGCCGCCGCCGCCCGCUCCUCGACACCACCAGGUGCUCCGGAGAGACGAGCCGCGACCCGGCGUCAAGAAGCCGCUGCAGCCGGCCAGCUUCACCUACACCGGCCUCAGCAGGAGCUCCAGGGACGACGGCUCCCAGACCUCCAGCUCCUUCUCCCAGACGGCCUCCAAGCCCGGAUCCCUCAGCUGCAUCUGGACCAAUCGCUCGCUGUCGUCCUCGUCCCCGUCCUCCGGCUCCGCCCACAAGUCCAGCCCGUCUCCACAAAGUAAGAACUCUCUGUCCGAGCUGAAGCGCUCCGUCUCAGAAACAUCUCGAGACGGUUUCAAGGUGUCGUCUCUGAAGCAGGGCGGCUCGCUGGGCUCCCACGGCUUCGGCCCGACGGCGGCUCAUCGCUCGCCACUGGCUCAGAGGCGGCAGGACGGCGGUCCGACCGGACUGGUUCCACACAAGCAGCAGAACUCCAGUCUGUCCAAACCGUCGUCGUCCUCGCCGUCGCCUCGAGACCGAGCCAGUCAGGCACUGAGCCUGCGAGCGCUCAACCUGCAGAGCGUCAAGCCGCCGGCCGGCAGCCUUCAGGGGAACACGAGCGGCGCCGUGGCCGCCGUGGCGAGGUCCAGUUUACGGAGCGGCAGCAUCGUGGUGAAAGGAGGCGUCGGGAAGGAGAUGCGAACGCCAGGAGGGCAGCGCUCCAGUCUGACAGCAGGAGGCGCCGCAGAGCAGAACCGGGCCAAGGAGAAGCUGGCGGGCGGCAGUUCUGGUCGAGGCAGGCCGGAGAAACACGGGCUCAGCUCUCAGAACCGCAGCCUGAACGAGCUCAGUACCGGAGACUCGGACGACAGCAGCAGCAGCGAGUCGGAGCAGGAUGCCGCCAUGUUCCCCGGCAACAGCAGGCCCAGCCUCGGCAACAACGCCACCGAGUCGGACACGGAGACGGACUGGCGGCCGACCCGGAGCCUCCUGGAGCACGUCUUCGUCACGGACGUCACCGCCAACUUCAUCACGGUGACGGUGAAGGAGUCGCCGACCAGCGUCGGGUUCUUCAACUCCAGGAAUCACUAAGGGGCGGAGCCUCAGCCGGACAACACUCCUCUACGACCGCUCAGGGUUCCUACAGUCACUCUUAGCUCCGCCCACCACGGCGCCGCCCGACAGACGGUUCUUUGGUUCCAGUAAUCCACAGCAAAGAGAUCGGACUGAGGAAGGCGGUCCUUUGGUUGAAGCAGCGUAGGAACCCUGAAGCUUGGACUCCGUUUACGUCUGACCACAGUUCAGUCUGCACACAGGAAACAGGAAGUGAUGAAGGUCAACAGGAGGCUGGGGUUUGGCUUUGAUUCAGAACCUCUUAUCUUGUUCAUAGUUCCUCUAAAUUACAAAAACAUCAUAGUCA